AUGAGCAACGACACAAUUCAAGCUCGAACCUAUGUCAGCAACUUUUACGCAGGUGGCUCGCCUGGCUCUGCUACGACUCGGUCCGUCUUCGUCAAGCCGUCGCUCCCAUACACUACCAACCAAACGGCCCCGUGUCCUGUACCAGCAAGUAAUCGAUGUCUUCUUGGGUCGAACCUGGCUUACAGCGUGACUACUGACAUGCUGGACUCUCAAACAAUGCUGGGUAUCGACGCUCCCGAACGAGAUCGUGUCGCCCUGAAGCUGAGUGUUACUUGCUCUCCUCUCCGGACAACGGACCUUGUCGAAAAGAGAGAAAUCAACAACCGCACCUUUCUAGUCUGGCAUCUCGGGAUGGUAGGAGAUGCGGAGCAUACAUUCUUGUAUAACACAGAGACACCUCGUACCGGUGUAUCAUACAAAAUAGCAACUGUAGCCGCCCUCGCGCCGGGCUUCAAUUCUUCCCUGGCAGGGGAUUGGAAGCCCAUCGCCGACUUCAACAGGACCGACGCCCACGUCAGCGUCUUCUUCCUCAGUCAGAACAACCUUGGCUAUUUCACACCGGUAUCCGACCCAUGGUUCUCUGCCAACGUCAACGUCAGCGUCGGGUCGAUAAACCUGUUUCACACCGAUUCCGCAGUUACCACUAUAGGCUGCGCUGAACAGUAUCAAAUGUGCAAUCCGCAGACGGGUACAUGCACCAAGCCAGCUGGAUAUGCUUGGCUGCGGGACUCCAUCCUUAUAGAGAACGAGAACACUCUAGGUUUGAACUUUGCACAACGAGCUACCGCAAGCCGCUUGGUCUUUGCGAUCGCAUCGACCGGCGCAUCCAGCACUGUGCAGGUACUCGGCACGGGUGCCUUGUGGGCCAACAGUCUCGUAUUUAACGGCAACCUGGCUCCGGGCAUGCCGGACAAUCAGUGGCAGGCUGAGGUGCUGGGCUGGUUCCAAACCAGCCUUGCCCGCAUACAGGCGUACGUUGUUGACUUUGCUUCAAAUGCAGGGAAGCUCGGGGCACUUGGUAGCGUGCUCUCGCCACAUGAUGGUCAAGAUGAGCUUUCCUUGGCGCUUCGACGACAAUGCCGCAGCCAACUGGUUCAAACCGUAGGCGAAGUUCAAAACUUCAACUUUGUUGGCGUUGCCAUCGUCAUAUGUUUUAGUAGCGCUCUGAUUUUACUUGACCUUGUACUUGAACCGCUGGUGAGCCUGAUGUGUAGGAGACGAAAUGCUUGGAGGUGUAUCACGGAGAAAGCAAGGCAAGCGGAUAAUAAGCUGCACCUUCUCCGGAUGGCUCUUGCUAAUAAGAACGGUAGCGACUGGGAACUUGGUAGCCGGGGAGUUCCUGUGCGAAGUGGUCAAGGGGAUUUUGAGAGACCAGUCGUUCAUGAGCAGCGUUCGCUAGUUUCAUACGAGGUUGGUCGGUAA